AUGGUGGCAACUCGACGCCGCCAGCAACAGCAACAACAAAUUUUGAUGGAAAGGGCAGUAAAAAGCCCACCUCCGUCAUACCAAAGUGUAAUACUUUUACAAGUGAUAGAAGAGGAGGAGGCCCAUCCUCCAUCAUAUGAAGAUGUUAUGAUGGAGGAUGCUCGCAGAAACCGGGAGAGCUCCGUCGAUGCAGCUUCUAUGAGAGAAGAAAUAGAACUGCUCGAAGAGAUUUUAGGAAUUUUCGGAGAGGAAGAAGAAGAUCCUCCAUCAUAUGAAGAUGUUAUGAUGGAGGAUGCUCGCAGAAACCGGGAGAGCUCCGUCGAUGCAGCUUCUAUGAGAGAAGAAAUAAAACUGCUCGAAGAGAUUUUAGGAAUUUUCGGAGAGGAAGAAGAAGAAGAUGAAAGUCCUCCAUCAUAUGAGGAAGUCAUCCUUGAAAAUAUGAUGCUUGCACAAAUAACAUCUGUAGAUGGAGAGGAAGAGAACGUAGAAG